UUCAUGUGAUGGCACAUACAAUCUUUACUCAGACGAUUACUUGCAUAGCCGUCGGGACAUUCGGUAGAUUUCCAGCUUCAAAAAUUGAUCAUCACAUUCGAUUCAACUCCAGAAUCAAACACUACCGCUUCUCAGUUCCAGAAAAGAACCUAGCUUUGAGAUUUCAAAACGAUGACAGAAGAAAAAUGAAUAUGGUUGUCUAUUCUAGCAUAACACCAGGAAGCUCUAAUGAUCCUUCUCUUGGCUCUUGCAGGAAAUUUUGGAUCAUUGGCACAAUAUUCUCAAUACUUGCAUCCUUUUUGAGGGGAAAAUGGGGACCUUUGUUGCAACUGAAAGAGAAAGUUGAAACAAAAAUACAUGAAGCACAUCGAGUUGCAGACAUUAUAGAAGAAGUGGCUGAAGAGGUUGAUAAGGUGGCAGAAGAGGCCGUGCAACAUCUUCCAGAGGGAAAAUUUCGUCACGCUGUAGAACUUGUUGAAAAAGUUGCUGAAGAUGUCGAUAAGCGUGCCGAACGUGUUGAAGAUACAUUAGAAAAGGUUGAGAACGUGGAAAAGGAGUUGGAUUCCUUAUUUACUGAAUCAACCAGUCAUCACGAAAGUAGCGCAACGACGACUUCAGAAGCAAAAGAACAGAAAUAGAGAAAAACGCGGUUGCUGACAAUUCAUCUACUGAAAAAUCAAACACCACGUUUUUACAUCUUUUCUUUUUAUUACAGCGACAUCUUGCUUGUACAAAUUUUAUUCCUUCAAGUUAUUUCUUCUAUAACGCAUAAGCUUAUAACAUUUUGUGCAAUUUACUUCCAUGUUGAAAGAUGCAUACCUAUUGUUCCGGUUGUCUUCUCAUCGAGAUCCACCUACAUAAUUUUCUUCGAACGUCUAGUCACACCCGUCCUCUUCUCCUGGUCACUCCCUGCGAUUCCUCUCAAUUAAUCUAGGAUUUCCUUCACUCACGUCCGACCGGGUAUCUGCUAAAGGCACUCCGACGCUCAAGUCAGCAAGUAGUCAAAGGGUAGAGAUAGAGAGAGAAAGUAAAUACUAGGAAUAAAUGUGCAUUCAAUGUAACCAACCACCUCCUACCUUUGACCUCUUAUUUAUGGUUGUCAUCAUGGGCCUAAGAUUAGUGAAGUUCUAAUCAUGGCCCAAUAGUUGGCCCAAUACUUCUAAUCUCGUUUUACCUUAAUUUCAUCUUACUGCUUCUCUCCCAAUGAUCGGCCAAUUCAGGAUAGAUCCUUAUCUUUCUCAAUUGGGUCAUCGUAUGCUUCUUCGUGACCAGUCGUACUAUCCGACCGUACGGACCUUACGGUACACAUUAUCUUAAUUUAAUCUCACUACUUCUCUCCUCGUGACCGGCCGCACUAUCCGACCGUACGGA